AUGUUGGAGGCCGAAGAGGCACCCUUCGACUUGGAAGCAGACUGCGCUGCUAUGAAGGAGGCCAUGGAAGGUUGGGGAACCGACGAAACGACACUGACGACGAUGAUUUGCAGCAAGACGUCGAAACAGAUGGAGGAUGUAAACGCAAAGUUCAAGGAGCUCUACGACAGGGACUUGCUGGAAUGGGUCAAGAGUGAAACCAGUGGCUACUACAAAGACACGUUGGUCGGCUGCAUCCGCCACCCCAUGAAGCAGCUGGCCCAUUCCGUGAGAGACUGCAUGGCCGGAUGGGGCACGGAUGAUGAGGGACUGAUCACUUGCCUAGUUCAUCUGGAAGACUUCAAGAAGGCCGCGCUCAUCAGGGAGUACAAGGCCGAGUUUGGGCGUGACAUCUUCGCCGACAUCGAGGCUGACACCAGCGGCGACUACCAGAAGGCGUUAUGCGACCUGGUCAAGCCAGCUCCGCAGGUUUGGGCAGAGUCGCUGACCGGUGCCAUGAAGGGCAUGGGGACCGCGGAUGCGCUGCUGAUCAACUUCAUCGUUCUGGCCAAGGAUGAAAUGCAGGAGGUUAGGAAGCACUUCUACCAGCAGAAUGGGGAGCUGCUGGAAGAUUGGAUCGAGUCUGAAACUACCGGCGAUUACAUGAAAACCCUCCUCAUGCUGGCCGGAAGAAAGAGUGAGGAGACUCUCAGCAUUGCCCCGGUUUACUGGGCUCAGCGUUGCAGGGAUGCAUUGUUCAACGUUGACACACUCAAGGAGCUCUUGGUAUCAAUGCCAGCAACGGCCAUCAAGCGACACACGCAGCUCUAUGAAAAAGUUUAUGGCAAAUCCUUGAAGGAUGAGGUGGAGAAGAAAUCCAACGAGAAGGGCACAUUCUUCUUUUUUACAAACUGGUGGAAGCAUGCGAUGACGUCACUUCUGCACAUGCCAGUGGAAUUGUACGUCAAAGGUCUUUGGGACGCAAUGCAUGGCUGGGGCACUGAUGAGUACACCCUCACUGGCCUGGUGUGCACACUGCCUGAAAACAUGUAUGACGAGAUCCAUGGCCUGUACCAGAAGACAUAUGAGAGGAAGCUGGUAAAUCAUAUCGAGUCUGAGACCUCCUUCAACUACAAGAAGGUGUUGAAGUUCCAGGCCAUGCCCUGGCCAGAGAGUCGUGCCACUGCCCUGCAUGGCGCAAUUUGGAUCUGA